AUGGAAUCAGCCAAGUACAGGAGCCCUCCGCAGCCUCCUCCGUGUUUCAAUGGCACGGCCGAGUCGGUCCUCGCCACCAUCAAUGGUGUUUUUGAGCGCCAUCGGGUAAUACUUGACAAAAUCGUUGCCGAGGUCACUCCUGCUACCGCUACAUUCGAGACGGUUAUGAAGCCCAUUCUCUUGAGCGAGAAUGAGGCCGACAAGGUUAAGUGGGUAAAUGGAUUCUAUCAACUGGCAUCUCCCGAUUCUUCACUCCGAGACGCCUCUCGCAAAGUUGAGGAGCUCAUUGACGAGUUUGAUAUCGAAUGCAACACGCGUGAGGACCUAUUUACCCUCAUUGACGCAGCAUACGCCACCCGACACAGCCAAGGUCUAGACGGGGAGAGCCUCCACCUGCUUGAGAAGGAGUGGCAACGCAACGUCCGGAAUGGGCUUCUGCUACCCUCAGGGCCCGAUCGCGAGCGCUUUAGAGCGGUGCAAAAGGAAAUCAGCAGCCUGAGCCUAUCUGCACAAAAGAUUUUGGACGAAGACACUGACGCUGUGUGGUUUCGGCCAGAAGAACUGGAAGGAAUUCCCGAAGAUGAUAUCGAGAUCGCUGGAUUAGAACAGGGCUCCGGUGAAAAUGAGGGCAGAGUCAAAGUGACGUUCAAAUACGACCAUUUGGUCCCGCUCUACACAUAUGCCGUUCACGAGGCUACAAGACAGACAUAUAUGCUUGCAGUGGUUAACAGGGCAAAUGUGAAUGCCCCGUUGUUCCAGAAGAUUAUUGAGUUGCGCGACGAAGCGGCACGCCUGGUUGGUUUCAAGAACCAUGCUGAAUUCAGAAUCAGUGGUCACAUUGCCACUCUUCUCAGCUACAAGAAGAAGGACUGCGAGGAACGCGGCGCUCUAUUUGACGGAAAACUAUAUUUUUGGGACAAACUCUUUUACAGCCGGGUGAGAAGGAGCAAAGAGUUCAGUGUUGACGAGGUGGCGACAUCACAAUACUUUCCUGCAGAGCUGACGUUUAGUGCCAUGCUCAAAGUCUUUGAGGAGUUGUUUGGCUUUGUCUUUGUGCAUCUAAGCGAAGCCGAUCGUGCCAGGAUCAGUCCCACUGGAAAAUCUGAGGACAUUGCAUGGCAUCCAGAUGCGAGCAUUUACAGUGUCUGGGACGACGAUGAAGCUGGUGGCGGAUUCCGUGGCUAUCUCUAUCUCGAUCUACAACCACGCGACAACAAAUACAGCCACGACGCAUGCUUCACUCUGCAAUCCGGCUUCAGGAAUGAGGACGGCAGCGAGUUCUAUCCGUCGACGGUACUCAUCUGCAACCUCCCCAAGCCCAGCGCCGCCAAGCCAGCGCUACUCAAGCACCACGACGUCGUGACCAUUUUCCACGAGCUCGGCCAUGCCAUCCAUACCCUCGCCACCAAGUCGACCUACGCACGGGCGCGAGACGUAGAGGCCGACUUUUUGGAGGCCCCCUCCCAGAUGCUCGAGAACUGGUGCUGGACACCGAGCGUGUUGAAGCGCCUCUCGGGUCGCUGGGACACAGGCGAGCCGAUCCCAGACGAAAUGAUUGCGAGGCUAGUAGCGGCCAAAAACAUGAAUGCGGCGCUUUCAGCGAGGGACAGUGUCCACACUGCGCUAUUCGACAUGGUGAUACACUCUGGCGAGUCGCAGGAGCACGUCAAGGCGAUGAACUGCGCCAAGAUUUGGAACGAGCUGAGAGAAGAGCUUACGGGCCUCCACGGUCCAGAUGGAAUGGGAGUGGAAUGGGGUCAUGGGCAUCUGAUUAUCGAUCACUUCAUCACAGGCUAUGACGCUGGCUACUACGGCUACCUCUUCUCGGAGGUCUUCUCGGCGGACAUGUUUUACUCGGCCUUUAAGCAGAGCCCGAUGAGCAAAUCACAGGGCCGGCGCUAUCGUCACAUUAUUCUGGAACGGGGCGGCACGAUGGAUGAGCUGAAGUAUCUGACCGAGUUUCUGGGUCGCGAGCCAGAUCCAAAGGCAUUCUUUAAAGACAGGGGCAUUGCGUGA